GUCGUUCGCCGGCGCCCGCAGGGUUAACGGCAGCCGGCCUCUGCCGCAGACAUGGAGAAACUCAGGCUGCGCAGCCCCUGGGUACCCUCGUGCCUUGGGCAACCCCGCGUCCUGCAGGGCCGACUGGCCAGGUCCUCGCCCUCGCUCUGGGACAGCGCGCUGCAGGAGCAGAAGGGCGAGCUGCGCAAGCGGCUGUCCUACACCACGCACAAGCUCGAGAAGCUCGAGACCGAGUUCGACUCCACCCGCCACUACCUGGAGAUCGAGCUGCGCCGAGCGCAGGAGGAGCUGGAGAAGGUCACGGAGAAGCUGCGCAGGAUUCAGAGCAACUACACGGCGCUGCAAAGGAUCAACCAGGAGCUGGAGGACAAGCUGUACCGCAUGGGCCAGCACUACGAGGAAGAGAAGCGAGCGCUGAGCCACGAGAUCGUCGCCCUCAACAGCCACCUGCUGGAGGCCAAGGUGACCAUCGACAAGCUCUCGGAGGACAACGAGCUCUAUAGGAAGGACUGCAAUCUAGCGGCCCAGCUGCUGCAGUGCAGCCAGACCUACGGCAGGGGCCAUAAGGUGUCCGAGCUGCCCUCCGAGUUCCAGGAGCACGUGAGCCUGCACAUGGAGAAGCAGGGCUGCAGCCUGCCCUCCGCGCUCUGCCGCCCGGCCUAUGCCGACAGCGUCCCCGCCUGCGUCCUCGCCAAGGUGCUGGAGAAGCCGGACCCCGGCAGCCUGUCCUCCCACCUGUCGGAUGCCUCGGCCCGCGACCUGGCCUUCCGCGACAGGCUGGAAAAGCCGGGCCCCCGGCCCCCCUACAAGGGGGACAUCUACUGCAGCGACACGGCCCUCUACUGCCCCGAGGAGCGGCGCCGUGACCGGCGGCCCAGCGCGGACGGGCCCGUGACCGACGUGGGCUUCCUGCGGGCCCAGCACUCCACUGACAGCGCGGCCGAGGAGGACGAGGAGCCCGAGGCGGCGGCCUACCCCGCGGGCUACCGGCACGAGGCCUUCGGGGGCUACGCGGCCUCGCUGCCCACGUCGAGCUCCUACUCGAGCUUCAGCGCCACGUCGGAGGAGAAGGAGCGCGCCCAGGCCAGCACGCUCACCGCCUCGCAGCAGGCCAUCUACCUGAACAGCUGCGACGAGCUCUUCGGCCGCACGCCGCCCGCGGCCUACGGGAGCAGCCCGCGCUACGCCUCGGCCGCGGCAGCAGCGGCCGCGCCGCUCGAGGCCGAGGCGGCCCCGGGGUUCGCGAGGACUGUGUCGCCGUACCCCGCCGAGCCCUACCGCUUCCCGGUCUCCCCCGGCCCCCAGCCCGCCCUGAUGCCCCCCAACCUGUGGAACCUGCGGGCCAAGCCGGGGUCGGCCCGGCUGGCCGCAGAGGACGUGCGCGGCCAGUGGCGGCCACUGAGCGUGGAGGACAUUGGCGCCUACGCCUUCCCGGCCGCCGCGGCCGCCGCCGCCGCCCCCCCCGGCCGCGCCUCGCCCGGCGGCUUCGACGACCGCUACUUUGGCGCCGGAGGCGGCCCGGGCGAGAAGGCCGAGGGCCGCGCCAGCCCCCUCUACGCCAGCUACAAGGCUGACAGCUUCUCGGAGGGCGAUGACCUCUCCCAGGGCCACCUGGCCGAGCCCCGCUACCUCCGGGCGGCCGGUGACCUGAGCCUCAGCCCCGGCCGCUCGGCUGAGCCGCUGCCCAGCUACGCGGCCAGCGAGGGAGAGCGGGAGAGGCUCGGGGUGCAGCUCUGUGGUGCGGGCGGCAGCCCCGAGCCCGAGCACAGCCCCCGGAGCUCCAGGGAUUCCCUGGAGCCCAGCUCCAUGGAGGCCUCCCCGGAGAUGCACCCCGGCGCCCGCCUCAGCCCCCAGCCCGCCUUCCCUCGGACUGGCGGCUCGGGGCUCAGCCGCAAGGACAGUCUCACAAAAGCCCAGCUCUACGGAACCCUGCUCAACUGAGCACCCACGUGCAGGCCUCGGCCGUGGCCACCCCGCACACCGGGUCCCGAGGGGUGCUGCCUCGCCUCCCUGAUCAACCCAUCCUCCCGGCCCCGCAAACGAGGACCCCGUCGAGCCUGGGGCGGGUGGGUGGGGGGGGCACCCACGUGUCUCGUCCGCCCCCGCCCCGCCACGGUGGACCGUUUCUCACACAGCAACCUCCUUCCCCACCGGAGAUGAGCAUCCCCCCCUUUUAUAAAGUGCAACUAUUUUUAUAGAGCAAAAGGGUCUUUCUUAACGCACUCAGCCUCCAGCUCCCUGGAUGGCGGCCUAGACGUUUUCGACGCAGCGCUCCUUGAUUUUCAGGUGAGGGCGAGUGGGGCCUGCCCCUCAGAGGGAAGGACGGGGUCCUGCGGAGACCCCCCGCCAGCCAGUGACAAGGGAACCCUGACGCUCUGUCCACAAAGAGGGGGACUGGGACGGGUGGAGGG